UUUUUUCCUCCAUGAAAAUGCCUCUUCCAUGGAAGAAAGCUAAGGUGGCCAAGAUAUCUAAGCUUGUCGCCGACCUUCAUGCUCCCAAACACGGCGGAUCUCUAGUGGUGGAGACUGGUUUUCCCACCUCCCUUGUUGAUCUCUUCGUUAAAAACCGGGAUCGUCUCAAGAAAUCGUCCAAACGCAAGCACAUUAAGCCCCUUGAGGUCCGUACUUCGAAUUCCUCGUGUACUGCUGCUUCACCUCCUACGCUGCCGCCGCUUCCGCCGGAGCCGGUUCGUGCGUCUGUUUCUGUGGAGGACCCAGAUCGGCAAGUCAAAAUCAGUCAAGGGGAAGAGGAGGAAGUUGGUGGAGCCGUCGGGAGUUUCGUCGAACACAAGGCGUGCGAGGAGAGGAGCGUGGUUUUGACUGCUGUAAAGACGUUCCUGGUGGUAGUUCUUGCCAUGAGCACGAAGAAACUGGUCCUGGCGAUCACAAUGUCGGCGUUCCUCCUGCUUUUCCUCGAGUGUGUAAUGGCUCGUGUGUUGAAAUUCCUGGGUCCGUCAGUGGAUGCCGAGAGGGUCUUGAGUUGUUUGAUCCAGAGAUUGUCUGUGAAGAAAAGUUUGUUGGUAUGGUUCGGAAUGGGACGAUGCGAGGAUUCUACAAACCAAUCUACGAACCAAUUGGUUGUACAACAAGAUGAAUCUUGUGGGUUAAAUGAGGGAAUUGAAAUGGAAAGUUCUGUAGAGGGGAUUCAAGCUGAGGAAAUUGUUGAAGAAAGUAGAAUGAGGGAACUGGAACGUGUUUCAGUUGGUGGAGAGAAGAGAAGAGAAUGUAUGAAUAUGGCGAGGUUUAUGGAAGAAGAAGAAGAAGAUAAGAAAAACCCAGUUUUGAUUUGUAAAUCUGAACGUAGCCGGCGUGCCAAAUUCACAUCCAAGAUUGUGCAUAAGUUUGUGCCCAAGAAGCUGAGACAUGUGAGGAAGAAAGGGAAGGAGAAGAAGGAAACUGAGCAAGAAGCCAGUUAUGGAGAGCCUGCUUGGUUUAACAGAUUAAGUACCAUUGAAGAGGAAGAAGAGCAUGUCAUUAGCGGUGGGCAAGAAAAGGAUGAGAUUUUACAUGCAUUAGUUGAAGAGAUAGAGCAGGAAAGAUGCAAAGGGGAAGACUUGAAUGUUAGUGGGAAAGUAUUGGGAGUUGAAGAGAAGAAGAAAAGUGUUGUGCUUGGAACAAAUUCUCCUGUGUAUCUAAUUCUUUUGCUGAUUGUGCUUGUGGGUCUUUUGGGAGGUAAGGUUUUAGCUCUUGUACUCACAGUUGGUUGGAGUUGGAUGCUAUGGAUUUUUGGGAAGAUGAGAAAGAGUGGAGAUGCUUAUUGUUCUCUUCCAAUCUCUAGGUGAGAUUGGUAAAGUUAGGUUUUUCUUGUCUUCUCUUGUUUUGUGAAGAUGAUGGUUUCAAAGAUUGGAAUCCGGAGAGAUACACACACAUACAAGUUCCAACCUUUUUGUUGGCAAACCAAAUGUCAAAAGUAUUUUACUCUGAA